AUGCAGGUUAUCAAGUUCGUCGCUCCCCUCAUCGGCUUUGCCGCCUCCGCCUCUGCUGCCGCUGUCGGCGCCGGUGCCGAGGCCGGUGCCAACGCUGCUGCCAGCGCCAACGGUGCUGGUGCCGGUGCCGAGGCUGGUGCCGCUGCCGCUGCUUCUGCCAACGCCAACGCCAACGGCGGCAAUGCCAACGCCGCUGCCAACGCCGCUGCCACGGCUACUGUUGUCGUCUCCGAAUACACCACGUUCUGCCCGCAGCCCACCACGCUGCUCUUCAAGAGCAAGACCAUCGUCGUCACUGAGGCCACCACCCUGACCAUCACUGACUGCCCUUGCACCCUGGAGUGCUUUACUCCCCCGGUCUUCACCACCACCUCGCACGCCACUGUCCCGUUCGCGAACAAGACCACCCAAGUGCCCCCUGUCGUCAUCACCGUCACCCCCACCGUCACGACGGUCCUGCAAGAAUGCACCACCAUCAGCACCCAGACGGUGACCAAGAGUGGCACCACCACUAUCGAGACCAUUUCCUUCACCAAGACCCCUGGCCCGCCGCCCACCACCACUGUUGUCCCUCCUCCUACCACCACGCAUGCCACUGAGACGGAGGUCGUCCCCACCACGAAGGCCACCACUGAGACCCAGGUUGUUCCCACCACGAAGGCCACCACUGAGACGCAGGUUGCUCCCACCACGAAGGCCACCACUGAGACGCAGGUUGCUCCCACCACGAAGAUCACCAACACCGUCCUUCCCCCAACGACGACGCCUAUUGUCGUUCCCACCACCACCACCUCGAGACCCCCUGUCGUCGUCACUGCCGGUGCCAACAAGGUCGAGGGUGUCGCUGCCUUUGGUCUGGCCGUCGGUAUGGCUGCUCUGGUGCUGUAA